UAAUUUUGAAUAAAAGAAUAUUAAAAAUAAAAGCUUCUCUCCUUCUCAAAACCCCACCUGUAGAUUCCUUCUCCAGUGAUCUAAACCCUACAUUUUCUUUCUCAAACCCACUUCCUCUUUCCAUGAAACCCUGAUUUUCCUUCCAACCAAACGCCAAUCCCAACCCCGACCCAUGGAGCCCCGCCGCGCCUCGCGUACUGUAAUCGACCCUAAAGUGCGCCAGGUGGGGUUCUUCGCCCCAGGCCGGGCCUCCAACAACCCCUCUCCUCCGGUCACCGAGAUCUCCCUCUCCGGCAACUCCCUCUCUCCGGUCAUGAUCCCCCCUCCACGUCACAUCUCCGACAUGUCCGUUCCCGGUAAUCUGCCUUUCUCACCCCUCCGUCGACCCUCUGGCGAGUCCAUUCCCGUCGGCAGCUACAAUCCCUCCGAAUUCGCCUCGCCGUCGACGGCCUCAUAUGUCGAUUUCCGGGAGGAUGCGUACUCUCCCGGUGGGCCUCUCAGAAGCAACUCCGGGAAGUUCGCGUCCUCACUCCCUAGCGGCGGAUUCCAUUUGACUGCUGUCAAGCCUAAUAAUUUCCCGGCGAGUAGCUUGACGACGGUGUCCAUGGUGAACACGCUUCCUGGUGUAUCUGAUUUUUCUGAGAAGAAAGAUUCAAAAACUUUAUUCCCAGAAAAGGGUGGAGGAUCAUCAGCUGAGGUACAAAAUGAACAGCCUACAAGUAAAAAGUCGCUGAAAGAGAAAACCUCGAAAGCAGAAAGGCGUGCUCUUCAAGAGGCACAACGAGCUGCGAAGGCUGCUGCUAAAGGUGAAGGAAAUAAGGCACCUGCUGCUACUUCUGGAGCAGUGACUUCGGUGAAUCCAAAGCCUGCUAAAGCUGCCAAGGCUCCUUCACAAAAGAAGGAUAGUUCUCCAGUUGCAGCUUCUGAGAAAAAAGGCAGUGAUCGUCCACCAGAUAAAGAUAGGAAGAAAGACGUGCCUCAUCCACGAAUGCAAUUUGAUGAUAAGAGCCGAGUGGAAAAGGCAAAAAAGCGUGCUGUUGUAAAACAAACUGAAGCUAGGAACAGAGUUGAACUAUUUAGGCAUUUACCACAGUAUGAACACGGAACACGGCUUCCUGACCUGGAGUCAAAGUUUUUCCAACUUGAUCCAGUACAUCCUGCUGUUUACAAGGUUGGUUUAAGGUAUUUAGCUGGAGAUAUAUCUGGCGGAAAUUCCCGUUGCAUUGCAAUGCUUCAAGCAUUCCAAGAGUCAAUUAAAGAUUACUUGACACCAACGGGAAAGGCUCUUAGCAGAGACUUAACUGCCAAAAUUAACUGGUAUAUUUCAUUUCUGAUUGAAUGCAGGCCCCUUUCAAUUAGCAUGGGUAAUGCAAUUAGGUUUCUUAAGACUCGAAUUGCCAAUUUAUCUCUGACACUAUCUGAGUCAGAAGCAAAAGCAAUUCUCCUCUCAGAUAUUGAUCAUUUUAUAAAUGAGAAGAUAAUACUAGCGGAUCAGGUGAUAGUCAGGCUUGCUGUAACGAAAAUCAGGGAUGGGGAUGUUCUUCUCACAUAUGGGUCAUCCUCUGCUGUUGAGAUGAUAUUAUUACACGCGUACGAGCUGGGCAAACAGUUCCGUGUUGUGGUGGUGGAUUCACGUCCAAAGCUUGAAGGGCAAAUGUUACUUCGUAGGCUGGUGGGAAAGGGUCUUAGCUGUACAUACACUCAUAUAAAUGCUGUUUCUUUUAUCAUGCAUGAUGUUACUCGAGUAUUUUUGGGGGCUUCAUCAGUGUUGUCUAAUGGAACAGUUUACUCAAGAGUUGGGACUGCAUGUGUUGCUAUGGUUGCUCAUGCAUUCCGCAUUCCAGUUUUAGUAUGUUGUGAAACAUAUAAAUUUCAUGAAAGAGUGCAGCUUGAUUCAAUCUGCUCUAAUGAGCUUGGCGAUCCAGAUGCCAUUGCAAAGGUUAAUGGUAGAGAGGACAUCAACUAUUUGGAUGGUUGGGCUAAUAGUGAAAAUCUACAACUUCUGAAUCUGAUUUACGAUGCAACACCUUCAGAUUAUGUCUCGAUGAUUAUCACAGAUUAUGGCAUGGUCCCACCCACAAGUGUUCCUGUCAUUGUCCGAGAAUACCGGAAGGAACAUUUUGAUAGUAACGGGAUAAUUUGAGAUCGCGGAGGCAGGGCAAAUACGAAAUUGAAGACGACUUUCGGCAACUUAACAUAGUUUCUUCUCUGUUCUCACCUCUAGAAUAAUGGAAUACCUGGUUGAGCAUCUAGAUGUUGGAUUGUUUCUUUUUCGCCUCAGUGAAGAGUGCGAAUUUUACGCCUCUCCGAGCAGUUUUAGGGAUGCAAUUUCAAUGUCUUGACAAGCUCUCCCCCACUUCAAUAGACAGAUGAUGUUGUUAAGCAGUCGUGAACAAUUUUCUUCUGAACAAUUCCAUGCCCUUCUUGAAUUUUGAUGUUUUUCUUUAUAGAUCUCCAAUUUUAAUUACAGCACCAUCUCUAGCAUAGUGGUGUGUGCCAGUGGCAUCAUUUAUUCUUUUUGAAAUCUUCUUCUCCAUAUGAAUUUACAUAUAUUCAUUGUGAUUUAGUAACCGAAUUUGAUAAUUACUGAAAUCAAUUUAUGUGAGAGGAGUUGUGAGUCCCAUCACAUGAUA